CUCUGUUGUAGCUCAUGUAAUGCAGUACAGAUCGAGGUGCAGCGCAGUGAAUACGUUCGUUUUCCCGGUUCUGCCGUUGGGGCCGUUGUAAGGUCUCUACACUUUGUGCUACUUUGCGCCAUCUAUAUCUCCAUAGAUAUAGACGGCCUCUGGGCGAUGUCUGUUGAAGGGCCAGUGUGACAAUUCUAUGCGGAUAGACCAACCAAGUAGUUAACUAUGCCAUUGCUUGGGAUUGUGUGUGCGAAGGGCGAAGUCUAGUCCGUACGGCAGACUAGCGCCAAGUGAAAAAUUUGCUAUUCAUGACGUGAUUACAUUAGAAAUUACAAAAAUCGGCUGGCGACGUCAAGUGCGAUUUACGAGGUCGCCACAAUAGAUAUGUUAAACUUUCGAACUAAUCGAAAACUACCCGUAGGAAUUCCGCGAUUCGUGACUUAAAAUUUUUAAUUACGGGCCGCAGCUACCGGAUUGGAAUCCCGUCGGAAAAGGUUACCGUGAAGUGAACAAACUCCGCAACUUAUCCAGGGCGAAAGAAAUGGGUGAAUAAUUAAAUUCAGCAAACCGUCAGCCUACGGGACGGGUCACAGCGGAAAAUGGAUCCCAUGAAAAAUCAGAGUUCGGAUUCGUGUGGUGGGAAGAAGUUGCGAGUGAAUGGAUACAGUCAGUGCUACUAUGCAGCCAGCUCUCGCCCAGCACAUGGCGUACAUAUCUACUUGCUUGUUUGGAGCAUUUACAGGAUGUGAAGUGAAAAGAGCAGACUAAUCACCUGCAGCUUGGGCAACGGAAAGGGAAAAUCUGUUGUCGCACUAUGGGGCAGAAUCUUUCCUUGGUUUCUGUCCCACAGUGAGCCGUGAGGGUUUUGAAACGAGGCCUAUCGAAUGGCCGCUAUCAAUGAGUUGUGAUUAAAAUAGGAUUAUCGCACCUGCAUAACGCCGCUCGACUGAUCACGCAUGUGAAAACGGGGGUCGCCGCAUAUCCCCCAGCUAGAAGAGCUGUGUAAAAAGUGUCACAGAGUAGUGUUUCGUGCAUCCGUUGUUGAGUUCGUUGGGGAAAAGUGACCAAGGGCGGCAAUAAUGGAAAGCGACGUGAUCUGUUUGGACUCGGACGACGAAGGCGAAAGUGGUCAUUUUCCGGGCAGACCAAGUGCCAGCAGCACCAGCAGCGAUACUAUCGAUAAACUGCUCUUGAGACCACUUCAGGCGCUUUCGUUGGAAUUGUACUUCGGGGGCGGCAAGGGCGGAAAUUCCGGAAGUGGUGCAACGUGUGCUCCGAAUGACGAACAGUGGCGUAGAUCGACAGUGGCGGUCAAACGUGUGGCAGAACUGGUGCAAGAAUUCGGGCGCCGGAAGUUUAGCAAAAAUCCACAGGACAUAGCUCGGCAAAGGGACGCUUGGAAGCAGGUAUUGAAAUUUUUAUUCCUGCUUCGAGCGAUUGGACCGGAAUCGAUGUCCAACGACAACCAACAACAGCACCAGACUCCGGUGACGAAAGGUGCUUCAGCGAGUAGACCAGGCGGCAUGAGCUGUGAAGAGCUUUCACCCGAGACCCGGAGAUAUCGACUGACAGUGAUGGAUGUUCUGGUUGAUUACAUCCGCUAUAAAUGUUCCGCCCUCGCCGGGGAGCGUAAUCCGGCGGUUCUUCUGGCGCAGUGCAAUCAGAUAGUGAGCAGUUUGUACAUCAUUUUCGACGGUGACAGUGAAUUUGUGACGCUCACGCUGUUAAAGAUGGAUUUGCUAGCCGGAAGUGGAGCCGUUGCAUUGAUGUAUCCGGUGUUUGAGCAGAUCUUGGCCAGCCAGACGAGGCGCUCCGGGACUCCCUUUGGCAUCAUGGACUACGUACGGUUGUUACUUUGCUACAAGAAAUGGAAAGCGAUGGUACCGGCCAGACGAGAUAAGGACGCUAUCAGUGCUCUGGCGCUCAAGGUACUUCCACAGCGGUGCCCCCAGGCCAAGAUCAAGCAGGACCUACCGUUCAUGCAGAUGCUUCCCAGAUUGAGCGCUUCCGCCAAAGAGCAAGAAGAUGAAACUAGGUUCCUCUUGGCGAAAGAUUUAAUGGAAAUCGAGCAACUUUGUGCAAUUUAUUUCCGUGAAUAUGAAAAGCGAUUCUUCCAACGAAACGAACCGAAACUGUCGCCUCUCGAAGUCAAAAGCAAUUUCAUCAACAUCGAUGCACUGGCGGAUUUUAUUCAGCGAAAAUGUAAUCUAUUGAAGCUGCGAAGACCUCCUCUGGCCAACAACGAAUCGGAAGGGAAGUCUAGCACCGGACCCAGUCGAAAUGGCCAGAGGCAACAGCUGCAGCAUGAAUCCAAUGCCAUCAUCAGCAGUCUACGAUUGAUAUUCCGCCGCGAUGAAGAAUUUAUAGCAUUGACCUUGCUCAGAGUGGAAACAUGUCCCGAAUGCCAAGUCAUACUCGACCCGGUUUACGAACGGUUUUUGUCCUGUCCCCAGCUGUCAUCGACGUCCACUUGCUACGGUGUUCCGUCCUUCAGCACCAACAAUGUGGAGUCAUAUGGACGGUUGCUACUGUGCUACAUCAAAUGGAAACGAUUAUUUCGGGCCGAAGAUCCCGGAGGCCAUUGGGAACGGAUUGACGCUAUCGCUCUUGCCGCACUGCCAUAUGACUUUCCACGUGCCAUCAAACGCAAGGAGAUGGAAAUUAAGGCACUGUUUCCGCGUGUUGCAGCCGCCGCAGGACGUCGAAGUGGACGGUCGGCCAAAGUCAGCGUCACCAGGGCACUGCUGAACUCGAAGCACGUACUGGAUAAUAUUCAGGAAAUGUGCUUACAAUUCUUAUCAAUUUGCAGUGAUGGGCGAAGCAAUCGGGCGAAAGCACUGCCGAUUCCUGCAUCCCAUAUCAUCGAUGACGACGACGCCGAUUCAAACGAUGACGAUGUUAAAAUAAUUAAACCCGAGCCAAACUCAGUUGUCGUGCUGGAUAGCGACGACGACGAAGAACAACCGACCCAGAUAAUCGAUAGUACUGAUACGGAAAUGAAAUGUCAAACCACGACGCCAUCCUCCGGAAAAGUUGAACCGCAUUCGCAAGACAUCGCAAGCAUCAUCAUAAGUAAUUCACAAGAAAAUUUACUAAUGGACACGGUGUUCAACACUCCACCGCCAACUCCAAAAGCAGACGAAGACCAUCAACCAUCAACGUUCCAACUGCCCGUUCCAAGCAAGGAGCUUCCGAUUAAGGCUGAUUCUGCCUUGACGUCAACAGCCAAACUGCAGCAGAAUCAGAAAAGUGUGCUCCUCAGGGGCGUCAAUUUUAAAAUAUCAAAGAACAUACGACUCCGGAAUAGUCGCGAGAAGCGACAGUUCCUGACAGCCUUCCGCAGGUUGAUCUCGGAGCAGUGUUUCCAUAUCAAUGUGCAAUCCACCGCGGCGGACUAUUGUCUGCGGAAAACGGUUGAAAACUCCACGGUGUUCGUCGAGAUUAUCAGUUUUGCUGACUCAAAUCCGCUUUCGAUGCCAAUUUCACUGCCGCUAGUAGGACGGAACAGGAUGGAGCAUGGAGAAAUGCCGCCAUUCACUAUGGUUGAUCUGUCACCCUCGAUUAGAUUGGAUGAACCCAUUCUACAGGAAAGCACCGGAGAGCAAUCCUCCGAUAUACAACGCGUGCUGGACGAUCAACUUAUAAAAUUAUUAACAAGCAUUGACGACCUCCCGCAGCUGUCCCCGGCUUCGGUGGAUUUCACCAUUUUCCCGGAAGUGCUGGAUCCUACGACAUCAAUUGAUUUUCUUACCAACGACCAAACUCCUCCCUCGUCGGUCAUCAGUGGAUGUUGUCUGUGGCCGAACGACGAUUUCUCUGUUUUUGCCAAUCUUGAUAUGGACUCUUGGUUGGAGCAUGAAAAUGCGACGAGUCAUGAAUUGUCUUCUUAGUGCAUGCCUCGCAUGAAUGAAUGGGCAUUCUUUGGACUUGGUAAAGGGGCGAUGAAGGGAUAAAUGGGAGCAAAGUGUGUAUAAAAAUAUGCAUAGUGAAUGAGUAAAAUCACCAAUCAAAAGUUUCUUAACGAGGAGAAGUCACAUAAAAUAUAUUGCUUAUGAAGAUGUAUUGAACGUGAAUGGUUUUGAUCUGAGAGAGACUCGCGAAGAGGAAAAAUAUCAACGUCAUAUGCAGCCCAG